CUCUCAGGACAGAAGCAGCAGAUCAAGCUGACGCUGAAGGGGUCGGCCAUGAGACGCCUGGAUAAGCCAGUGCUGCCACAGGAAGAUGACAGCGGUGAGUCGGACACAGACGGAAAAGUCAUCCGCAAGCGCAAGCCAGACAGCCCACCCCCAGAGCCACCGCCACAGAAAGUCGUGGUACGAAGCCCCCCUGCCCCCAUUCCAGCUGCCCCUCCGCAGGCAAAGAAGCCCCAAGCCAAUCGAAGGGAGGAACUUCUCAAACAGCUCCGUGCAGUUGAAGAUGCAAUUGCUCGGAAAAGAACAAAGUUGCCAACCUAGUAUUUUUAGGUACAUGUUAAUUAUCAUGUAAGGUAAGCAGAAAUAAGACCUUAUUUAUAGUGCGUGACUUGGAGCAAGUGCACUGCUCCAGAAGAGAGGCUGAGGAAGAGCAGCAAGAGGAAGGGGCUUCACUCAGGGCUGCCCUGGCCGAUCAGAAGCUCAGCUCAAGGCACCAGACUCUGCAACCUGCACUCAGGGAAGCAGAACAGGGGCAGGGCGGCUGUCAGGUGCCUGUAUCAUCAUUGACUGGCCCAGAUAGCUCUUCCCUUGCCUCCCCCUCCUGCCCCCUCCCUGCCCCCUUUGCUCUCACCCCUUUCUCCCAGCUCUCAUGUGCUUGGAGUGGAACAUGUAGCUCUAGCAAAAGAGAAGGAGGAGGAGGAGUUCAGCCCAGCGAAGAAAAGGACUAGGAAGAGGUGGCAGUUUUAUUGCAUAAUCUGUGGAAAAGGUGGAAUGAAGAGAAAGAAAAUGGACAGUAAUUACACUUCAGUGGCAGAGAAGUGACAGCUAUAGGAAUCUGUGUCUUUGGAAAAUUAAAUGCAUUGCUUUACACAGCAGAUGCAUGCAAAGCAGAUUUUUUUUUCUUUUCUUUUCUUUUGUUUCCCAACAAUUUGUAUAUGUGAUUUUUUAUUUUUGUUUCUAAUUUAUAUUAUUUCCAACUAGGGAGCUGGGAGUUGAUAUCUUUUCAAGGUUUAUACAACUUCUACAUUCUCGCUCAUGUUGUGUUCCCCCCAUGUAUAUAAGUAGGCCUAUCUAUAAAGACUGGAACGUUUAUUGCAUAUUGAAUUUCUCCUGUUGCCGGCAAAUACAGUGAAUAUGGAUUUUGUAAGAGAGAUUGUUGCUACAAGUUAUCAGAAAUACGGAUUCUGCUUUGUACUGAUUAUAUGGCAGAUAUGACACUUUCGGUCGAUUCUUCCUGAGAAUCAAGUGUUGAGAGCAGCCUUGAUGGAUGAGGCAUUGCUGUGCAAUUUGUUCACACUUAUUGUUGCAAAAUGUAAUGAGCUUGAAAUUGCCUUGUCUAUUUGGCCCAGAGAGAGAGACGAGCAAGAGUUCCUUGGAGAAAGGCUGUUCAAAAUGUGCUCGAUGGACCUGAUUCGUGCAAGGGCCUUUCUUAUAAUUGUAAUUCUCUAUAUACAAUCAUUAUUGUUCCUGUUAUUUUUUUUUUACUUUUAUUAGUAUUAUACCUAUAUUUAUUUAUUAAAAGUGCAAAGUACUUCAGUAUCCAGAUAGCAAUACUAAACAACUCCUGAAAGCUGCACGGAGUGAGUAUUUUUUGAAGCCUCCAAGGAAAUGUGUAUGUAAAAAAAAUAUAUAUGCGUAUAGAGAACCUGCAGUUUGUUAUUCGAACCAGAAAUAUGAGUAUUACAUUGUUGCUCAAAUGUCUACAGAAAUUUGUUUUUCAUCUCUCCCCUUUUCUUCCUCCCUCGAUCCUAACUCUCUCCUUGAGUCAUUUUCUACAAGCUUCUCCUUACCUCCUCUCCUUUUUCCAUGUGUUCUUCCACCUUCUUCUUUGCUCCUCCUUUCCUUCUUUGCUUACAGUUUAUAGGAAUAAAACUUCAUAAAAGGUUUCACAAAGACCAUAUCUUUGCCAGGACGUGACAGUCAUCAACCUGAUCAUUUUCCUCUCAUACUUCAUUGGAAAGUAUCUGAUUCACAGUUAAGGAGAUCUUACGGUUUUGCUCAUUGGUUUUGAUUGACCAGAUGUGUUGAAAGUUAUUUAUUAUUUUUCAAUUUUAUUGACUCUUAAUUUGAAAUACAAUAAUAAAAAUCUAGGAGAGAGGACAGCCAGUAGCAUCUGUUUUUCUUCAGCUGUUGGUUUCUGCUGAAUUUUAACAAACCCCUCUUUGGUUUCCAGGUGUGUGAAUGUGGCAUCUUCAGAGUGUACUCUGUUGAAGAGGUAGUCUUUACAAGGCAAUAGGCCUUGGCUGUAAAAGUGCAUAUUACCAGUAAUAUCUUCCUUUGUUGUAAUACUAUCAAUAUUUUUGUGUGAUCUCAAACAAUUGUAAAUGCUUGAAUCCUGCACAUGUGAAAGUUGAAAGUAAGUGUGGAUAUUUUUUUGUCAUAAUUUUACUGGUGUUUUGCAUUUUGAAGUGUCAUAAUAGUUUUUAUAGAAAUCACGAGGAAAGAAGGAAUUUGUGAAGUUUCUGAGCGUGUCAAAUCAUCUUGGUCUGUAAAUAUCUGUUUGGAUGAGUGAGAAAAAGGCAAUACGUGGGAUGUUUUGUCAGGAGACAAUUCCAAAAUAGAAAGUAGAAUGUUAAUGGAUUAACCACAAUAGUGAAAUCAACUUUUGAAGUUAUAAAAAUCCAAUGGUAAAGUAAACUUCAUAGGGUACUCCUACAGUAUUAUUUCUUUACAGAUUUUUUUUUAAUGUCAUUACAAAAAUUGCUGUUUGGUUUGUGACAUUGUAUCAUAAGAGCAGCCUUGUGUCAUCCCUUCCCCUACAUCGUAUUCACACAAGGCAUGCGGCAGCUGCUGCUGCCUCUGCUCGGGCGCAGCAAGUGUGUGCCAGUGGAAAUACCAAGGUGUCUCCCGCACUGAGAGGAAUCAUAAUUUGUAUACAUAUUUCUAGCUGAAAUUAUAUAGUCACUAUCAUAAUCCAUAGUCAUCAAGUUAUUACCCAUUGCAGCUCCAGAGUUGUAUGUGUUUCUGCUCUACACGGCAGAGCACUUGUCAGAGACGUUCAAAACAUACAAUAAAAUCUACUUUAUGUAUUUCAUAUGGCAGUAAAGUUUCCAGUGGAAAAAGA